AUGGCGAAAUCCUGGCUGCUGCUGUUCUGCUUGGCGUUUCUCUUGCCGGCGGCAAGCGCGACGUGCCACCCCGACGACCUACGUGCGCUGCGGGGCUUGGCCCGGAACCUUAGGGGCGGUGGCGCCGCCCACCUCCACAGCGUGUGGUCUGGCGCCUCGUGCUGCGAUUGGGAAGGUGUGGGCUGCCAUGGUGCCAGCGGCCGCGUCACGGCUCUGCGGCUCCAUGGUCACGGCCUCGCGGGGCCCAUCCCAGGAGCCUCCCUUGCGGGCCUCAUAAGGUUGGAGGAGCUCUUCCUUGGCUCCAACUCUUUCGCGGGCACCCUUCCCGACGAGCUCUUCAGCCUUGCUGGGCUGCAGAGGCUCUCCCUCGCAUCCAACAACCUCGCCGGUCAACUGAGCUCGCGCCUCAGCGACCUCAUAAACCUCACCUUGCUGGAUUUGUCCAUCAACCACUUCUCCGGCCACCUCCCUGACAACGUGUUCCGUGACCUCAUGUCGCUCGAGCAUUUGGUUGCACACUCCAAUGGCUUCUCCGGAUCACUGCCACCGUCCCUGUCAUCACUGUCAUCUCUCCGUGAGCUUAACCUCCGGAAUAACUCUCUGUCUGGUCCGAUUUCUCAUGUCAACUUCUCUGGCAUGCCGCUUCUUGCUUCGGUUGACUUGAGCACAAACUACCUGAAUGGGUUGCUGCCAGUUAGCCUCGCCGACUGCGGCGAGCUAAGGUCGCUCAGCCUUGCCAACAACAGAUUGGUCGGCACCAUCCCGUCGUGGAUUGGUGAGCUUGACCACCUUCACUACUUGGAUCUCUCAAAUAAUUCAAUGAUUGGCAAGGUACCGAAGAGUUCGACACGACUCAAGGGCCUCGCCACCGUUGUGGGGCAUUCACCGGGUAUGGCUUUCACUAACAUGCCCUUGUACGAGAAGCGUAACAGACGCAUUCUCGGCCAACAACCAAAUGUCAUAUCUGGAAGCCGCAACACUAUCAGAUCUGGGACCAACAAUGUUCUAUCUGGGAAUGACAACACUGUCAUAUCCGGGAAUGACAAUGUUGUAACUGGGAGUAACAAUGUCGUAUCUGGUAGUGGCAAUGUCGUGACUGAGAGAAACCAUGUUGUUUCUGGGAGCGACAAUGUCGUAUCCGGGAGGAACAAUGUCGUAACUGGGAGCAAUAAUGUUGUAUCUGGGAGAAACCAUGUCGUAUCUGGGAAUAACAAAGUCGUAACUGGAGGUUAG